CUGACCUGAUACAAAAACCUUCCUUUAUUCUCCUCUCCUCUGCAUUCCAUUCUGGUUAGACACUUUAAGAUCAUCAUCUUCCUUCAUGGGAUUUGCAAUUUUAUGGUUUCUAGCAGUUAUAACCCUAAUUGCAGGUUGUGAAAGCAGUAAAAGUAUGGAGAAAACCUGUCAUUCUAACGACUUGAAGGGCCUGUUAAGUUUCAAGACAGGGAUCCUUAUCGAUACCUCGGGCAGGCUCCGUCAAUGGUCCGGCCGAGAUUGCUGCAAAUGGGAAGGAAUCGCCUGCGACAAAACUAGCGGUAGAGUGAUCGAAAUGAGUCUCCCGGGAUUUUCGACUUCCAGGGACAGUCCAGUUCAGGCGUGGAUGAAUGGCUCCCUGUCAUCUUCGAUAACACUUUUGAGCUUUCUUGAAGUCAUUGAUCUGUCAGGGCUCUCAAGCUUAAGAGGAAACCUUCCUCCAUCGAUCGACAUUCAUCUUCCGGGGCUUAAGAAGCUCUCGUUAUGGGGGAAUUCCAUGGAUGGUCCGGUGCCAGAAAGCAUCGGCAAGCUGUCGAAGCUCGAAGAGCUGUAUUUGUUUGAGAACAGCUUUUCGGGUUCUCUGCCUGGAAGCCUCGGCAAUCUUUCGAGGCUGAGAAAAUUGAAUUUACAUUCGAAUAGGUUUUUGGGUGGCGUUCCUGCAACCAUAACGAACUUGAUAAACCUUGAAAGCCUCAGCCUGCACAGCAAUUUCUUGACAGGUAAUAUACCCGACGACAUUGGGAAUUUGCAGGUUCUGAAAGAGCUUGAUCUGUCCUGCAACUUAUUUACUGGGAAGAUCCCUUCUUCUAUCACCAAUCUAAAAGCCAUUUCAGUUCUCUACUUGGACAACAAUCAUCUUGUUGGAGAGAUACCGAAGCUUUCGAGCCGUGACCAAAUGGCUUCCUUAGCUUUUCUCAGAUUGAACGACAACAGCUUGACGGGGAGCAUACCGGAGUCCCUCGGGUACCUGUCUUCUCUUCAGAGAAUUUCAUUGGCAAAUAAUGAACUCCAUGGGUCAAUUCCAGGUAGUUUAGGUAAUCUUAGAUCUUUAACAGAGAUAUAUUUCAAUGGCAACAAGUUAUCCGGGAGAAUACCUGAUUCGAUAGGCCGGCUCUCGGAGCUUAUAAUGUUUAGAAUCUCUCACAACAUGAUUGAAGGAUCGUUGCCUCAUCAGAUGGCCUCUUUGGCAAAUCUUCAAACACUUGAUGUGUCGUUCAACCAGAUGAGCCUUAGCUCCAUCCCCAAGUGGCUCCUGGAGUUGCCAUCACUGUCUCGGAUUUACUUGGCAAGGUGCAGCAUCCAUGGCGGAUUGUCAGAGGAUUUGUUAACCACUCCAAGUCCGGUGCAAGAGCUAGAUUUGUCAGCCAAUCAUCUCACGGGGAGCUUACCGGAGUGGAUUGGGAGCUUGAUCGAACUCUAUGCAUUGAAUUUAUCAAUGAACGCUCUUGACGGCAGAAUUCCUAAUUCAAUCACAAAAUUAGGAACCCUAGGGUUGCUAGACCUUCACUCGAACAAACUAACAGGCUCGAUCGAACCAAUUUUUCUGGUGCAGAGCAAAUACAGCGGUGGAUCGUUGGUAUUCAUCGACCUAUCGGACAAUAAUUUCACGAGCGGUAUGGAGAAAAUCGGGACGGAAACACAACUCGAAAUCCACCACAUAAAUCUGUCUCGCAACGAACUCAGAGGCAAGUUACCUGAAUCAAUCGGGAGAUUACAAUCAAUGGAGAGUCUGGAUCUGAGCACCAACUCCUUCGAUUCCGAUAUUCCAGCGACGCUGGCCAACGCGAGCUCAUUGAAGAGCCUAAAGCUGCAGAAAAAUCACUUCACCGGAAAAAUCCCGAACGGAUUUCUGAAUUUGAAAAAUCUCAAGGAAUUGGACCUCUCCGAUAAUUUUCUAGAAGGAAGAAUACCCUACGGAAAACCUCUGAACAAUUUCCCACGAAAAUCGUACGCUGGAAACAAAGGCUUAUGCGGCAUCCCACUCGACCCCUGUAGGCCCUAAACCCUAAUUUCCUUCCACACCAAUCAAAAUCAUUUCAAUCAUCAA